AUGGACGGUUCGGAGGCGCUGCGUGCGCGCGGUAUUGCGCAUACGCCGCUGCGCACACCGAUCCGCGCGGCUAUGGAGCAGAAAUCGUCGACGCCCAUCACGCCGUUCGAGGCCAUCGAGAGCCAAAAAGAAAAUGUACAGCCUCGCAUGCGUGGGCGCUCGGCACAUGCGCUGAGCAAUGCGUUCAGCAUGCAGCACAAGGAGCGGCAGGAGCUGCUUGCAAGCCAACGUGACGAUCACGAGCGUUCCGUGACGAGUGCAGAGAAUGCAGAUGCGGAUGAUCCACUCGAGGCGUGGUGCGCCUAUGUAAAGUGGACGAUUGACAACUACCCCGCCGGGAAGAGCAACGAGAGUGGGCUGAUCCCACUGCUCGAGCGUGCGACGCGCAUGUUCCGGAGCUCCGAGCAGUAUGCCAACGACAGCCGCUACUUGCGCCUCUGGAUUUUGUAUGCACAGCACACAGAAGUGCCGCGCCAAGUGCUUCAUUUCCUGCUUGCCAACGAGAUCGGGACCAAGCUUGCUGCUUUGUAUGAGGAGCUUGCGGCCGUGCUCGAGGCCGAGUGCGUCUACGGCGAGGCUGAUGCGAUGUUCAAGCUCGGCAUCGCACGGCGCGCUUCGCCGUGCGAGCGAUUGAAGCGGCGGUACGAAGCGUACCAGGAGAGGAUCUUGGCUCUUCCCACCUCGAGCAUAGAAGCGCCUACGUACGCCACGGCGCUGCAUGCCGCUAUGCGCCGCGAAGGACGCAGCGUCUUGGGCACCAAAACGGGCCACGGCGCAGAGAGUGUGCCGAGCAACGUGCUUGGUCACCAGCCUAUUGCGAGUGCAAAACCAACCAAUGCAAGGACCAUGCGAGUGUUCCAAGACGAGAACGGUGAGCAGGCUCCGGCGCCACAGGCCACUGCAUGGACUUCGAUGCGCGACGCACACGAGCGGCGCAAGGAAAACGACACGUCAAAACGCUCCCUCAAACCUGUAGCGCAAGGCACGCCGCUCGCACAAGCAAGUGCGCUUCAAGUCUUUUGCGAUUCCGACGAGGAGCAUAGCCCCGAACGCCGCUCGCCGCAGCGCGACCGCGACGUAUUUCACCGCAACGAACAGACCGAGUCGGACAAGCUGCGCAGGUUGCCAUUUCUGUAUUAUGACGCGACAACGCCCAAGGCAAAGCCUGUGGUACAUGCUGAGGCGCAGCGGAAUGUGCGUGGGCAAAGCAAGACGCGUGUGCCCAAGGCAGAGCGCCAUGUCGCGCCACUUGAAGACAUGUACCCCGGCGUGGAUAUGUCCAAGGCACUAGGAGAGAAAAUGCGACCGAUUCCUACGACGACCGAGUAUUGUUACGAAGAAUUGCUUGCACGUCGCGCAGAGCCGAAUGCAUUGGCGCGUCGUGAUUUGUGGGAGGCGCUUGAUGCACAGUGUGGGCGAUGGAUGCCGGAACACUGGUCCAAGCCGAGUCCAGCGCCGAGUCCAGUGCCGAGUCCAGUGCCGAGUCCAGUGCCGAGUCCAGCACAGAGUCUAGCACAGAGCCCAGCACCGAGUCCAGCGCUCAAGCCUAAAGCGCCGAGUCCCACGCUUGUGACCAAGGCUGCGAUCCUCCAGGUGGACAGUAUGUUUAACGGCGAGAGCGAGAGUGAGAGCGAGAGUGAGAGUGAAAGUGAGAGUGAGAGCGAGAGCGAGCUGCCUGUCCAGGCCGUGGCCAACGACGAAAACGCAAAUACACCUUUUCGCGUGCAGGCAACGCCGCAGCGAGAUAUGCGCACCCCGUUUGGCGCCACACCUCUUGGCCCUGCAUCACAGCGAGACGUGCGCACGCCGUUUGGCGCCACUUCAAGCACGCCGUUUGCGGCCCGCGAAGAGGCUGCACUGCCAGAAGUACACACGCGCGAGCCAUUCCAACCCCUCACGCCCAUUACUGAGCGCACGGAACGGACGGAAAGGACCUUGACGGCAGCGUUUGCCGACACAAGCGUAUCGAGCGAUCCCUUCCCCGGCUCUCUUUCCGUCGAUCCUGCAUCCCUGCAAAUCCCCAAUCCAUGCUCGCCAGCCGAUCCCGACACGCUGCGUACACUUUUGGACCAUCUCGCGACGCCCUUGGAUCAAGUGGUAGGCUACGUUGAUCAAAGCAUCACCGCCUCGCACAUACUUGCCGAGCUUCAGCGCGACACAAAAUCCACGCGGCGCUCGCUCAGCCAUCCCUCCCCUCCCCUCGACAUUUGCGGCAUGCAGCUUUCCGUGCUCCAAAAAGUUGGCGAGGGCGGCUACGGCGCGGUGUUCCUCGCGCAAGACAUGAACGAAAGUGUGCCGCAGCCCGGCGAGAGCACGGCGCGCUACGACGAUGUCCUCUGCGACGAUAUCGACGAGCUCGAGCGUCGCCAGCAAGUUGCGCUCAAAGUUGAGCGCCCUCCCAACUGCUGGGAGUUUUAUAUCCUCACAGCGCUGCACACGCGACUUGAUGCGGCACUGCGUGCGUCGGUCGUUGGCGCCCGUUGCUUUGUUGCGUACGCUGACGAAUCGGUCCUCAUGCUUGAAUACGGCGCGCGGGGCACACUUUUAGAUCUUGUGAACCAUGCAGGCGAAAUUGGGAUCAGCAGUGUGCUUGCCAACACGCCCGGCCACCAGGGCGGCGUCGAGGAAGUGCUCGCGAUGUUCUUUACCAUCGAGCUGCUCCGCAUCGUCGAAGGACUGCACAAUGUGGGCAUUCUCCAUGGCGACCUUAAGAUUGAUAACUGCCUUGUGCGUGCUGAUCCCAUUACCGGCACCUGGUCGAGUUCGUAUGCGCCGGACGGCAGCGGCGCAUGGCACACCCAAGGCGUGAAGCUGAUCGAUUUUGGACGCGCCGUCGACCUGCACUGUUUCCCGCCGGGGCAAACCUUUUUGGCCGACUGGCAGCCCGGGAUGCAGGACUGUGUAGAGAUGCGCGAGAUGCGCCCAUGGACGUACCAGGCGGACUACUACGGCCUUGCCAGUGUGGCCUACUGUCUCUUGUUUGGCAGGUACAUGGAAACGACCUCGUACGUCACCCAAGGCGGCGAAAAGCUGUACAAGAUCCAGCAGCCGCUGCGCCGCUACUGGCAAACGGAUUUAUGGACGCGCUUCUUUGCCACGCUUUUGAAUCCGCGCGCCCACGGCCCGCUGCCCAUCACCGAUGCCAUGCGCGCUGUGCGCCACGAAAUGGAAGCCUGGCUCCAGGCAAACAGUUUCCGCGCGGGAAAGAAUGUGAAAGGGCUGCUCAAAAAGGUGGAGAUUUGGGCGCUGCGGGGGUAG